AUGAAGUCUGCCUUUGGAUCCAAGCGGAAAGCUCGCAAGAUACAGGUUGAUGAAGAUGAGGAGGACGGCGCCAAAGAUGUACAAGAGCCUGUGAACACUCGUAAGUACCCUGAAGCUAUUACAGCUACGAAUCCAGCUGAUCUCGAGAAGCCAGCUGACGAGGCAACUCUAGCAAAUACUGGAGGUCCUACCUCGCUUCUCGGUCGGAAAGCAUUCAAGAAGUCUUCACUACGCCAAAGCAUCGCCUUCGAGGACGAAUCGCAAGAUGGCGGCGAUGCCACUGGGCUACAGGUUUCCAACAAGCCUACGAUAGGACGAUCAAGCUCUCUGAUGAAGAAGAAACCGAGAACUUCGAGAUUGUCAUUUGGACCUGGCGAGAUCAUAUCGGGAGAUGCCGCAGAAGCAUUAGAGGACGAUGAAGCGUUCACACCGAAGAAACCAACUUUGGGCCGGCGAGUUAUGGAAGGAAAUGCCACCAAGAAAAACAUUUCGUAUCAAGCACUUCCUAUGCGUACGAAUGACGACGAUGAGGAGCGGCCGACGUACAGCAAGGACUACCUAGAGGAACUUAAGAGCUCGACGCCUUCUACGCCGAAGGAUUUGUUGGCCUUGCAUGCUACAGCUGUGCAUGAAGAGGGGCUUCAUGCGUCAGAGCUAGAGGGUGCGAUCAUUGUUGAUACGGAGGAUAAAUUCGCCAGUCCAUCGUUCAUACCUAGUGAAGCCGAGAUACGGGAGAAGAAAGAACGGAGAGCGCGCAUGGCUCAGGAAAAGGAUUUCAUAUCUUUCAACGACGACGAUGGUCAACAUAGACAGGAGAUCUCUCUUCUGCCGAGGAAGCCGAAAGGGGAGAGCCGAUUGGUGAGAGAAGAUGAGGAUUUGGGGGAGGGCUUUGACGAGUUUGUUGAUGAUGGACGGAUCUCGCUUGGCAAGAAACAGGAAAGAGAAGCGAGGAAGAGGCAAAGGAAAGAGAUGGCUGAUAUGAUUCAUCAAGCAGAAGGCAGUUCAGAUGAGGGGUCUGAUGAUUCGGAGGCUGAGAGGCGAGCGGCGUACGAAAUUGCUCAGACUCGUGCUGGUAUGGAUGGCCUUCACAAGAACGAGGAGAGUGCGGAGGUUGGUGCUGCACAGAUCCCUUCAAAGAUCACGCCUUUGCCAGCGCUGUCCGAGUGUUUGGAGAGAUUACAAACGACGCUGAGCUCCAUGGAGCAAGAGCUGGCGAAAAGACAUCGGCAGAUGGAGGCGUCGAAGCGGGAGAAGGACGAGAUUGCCGCGCGGGAGAUGGAAGUCCAGGAAUUGCUGAAGCAGGCCGGCAAUCGGUAUGCUGCGUUGAAAGCAGACACGAACGGCGCUGUUGCCAAUCCUGCAAAGUUGGCGGCUCAAGCAAGCACAGGGGUUGCGAUUCCUAUGAUUUCUGAUAGAGGCUUGGAGAGUUUUGGGAACACCCCCAUAGCCCAACCUAACGCGGAGGAUGUAGGCUAG